CUAGAAACCGGUUUGAUGUAUGUGCGUGUAGAUGUUUCGAUUAUGUGGUCUCGUCAUUUGAGGAGGUACUUUUUAUGAAUGUACCCACCAGGUGGUUCUUUAUUUCACUGGAGCAAAACAGAAAUUUCGUUUUUAUGUAGAAAACUGCAGUUGAGUAAGACAUGUCAGAAAGAGAGAGACUAGCUAUAAGGAAGCUAAGAGGGUGUUCCCCAAAGGGACUAUUAUGAGUUUCCACCAUGGGUCUUCAAGGGGUUGAGUAAACAUUAGGAAGACACUAAAACUUCUAUAAUUAGGAUAAGCUGCAAAGUUGUGAUAUUUGUAUUUUGUGUGUCAAUUUUUCUACUUUGUUUAGCUAUAUUCCUGCGGUUAUAUAACAAUAUUAACUAUAAACUGCAGAAAAAUUAAUAAAGAAUUAAUAACAAAUAUUAAUGAGUAUUUGAAAAUCGAUUUGCCUCUCAUAACGCAAAUGAAAAUACAGUAGGCUAUCCCUCAGCAAGACUACUGUACUUCUUGAAACUCCUUAACAACACUUAUGACACUGAAACAAAAAAAAAAGGGGAAACAAGAAACGAAGCGGCAUUCCCGAAACAUAACGAAACAGAAAGACGCAUCAUUAUAUAAACAUGUCGCAUAUCGCACCUCAUCACUUCACAUCACUGACAACGAUUGAUCGAUCAAGUGCUAAUAUUCAAGAUGUUUUGCCGGUGUCUACCUGUUGUGUGUAUCCUACUGAUGUGUCUGGUGUUUGAGAGUCAUUCCUCUCCUCGUGGUCAAAGGGGGUCGCUGUCUUUUUCCAAUUCACUGCGUCUGACGCGCGCUAUCCGCACACAUGUCCAGAAAUUGCUCAACCGAUACAAGAAACAGCUGUUUGGUGACGAGCUCUUUGAAAACAGAGAAUUAAUGCUGAGCUCAUUACCGGCUGUCACUGUCUCUUAUAAUAACUGGAUACAAAUGCAGGACAUUGAGCGUUUGCAAUUGGCCUCUCACCACCUUCAAACCUUCUGGACUCACCUGGAAGAUCAACGGCAGCAAUUAGAGAAAGAGAAGGAUGGAAAUAGAAAAGAACCGAGAAGAGAUAAGCGUGGAAGGCCUCAGUUCACCUUAUUUCAAAGCUUUAUGGCUCUACAAAUAGAUCUGCGGGACCUAAUGAGACAAGUCAACACUCAGCUGGAGAGUCUCACUGCCAAACAGAACUCUGAUUCUACAUCUCCACAGCCCUCUUCCUUAUACUCCACUUCAACCUCCAGUCCGAUUCCCAGCACGCAUACAUCCACAGCGAGCACCACUCUCCAGACCUCAUCCCACACUGAUGCUCCCCAAAGCUCCACGCAAUUCACUGUAAAAUCAACUGAAACCUCGAUCGCAUCCAACACAAAACUUUCUGCAGAAACCUUUGUAGGUGUCACAGUGACAAAACCCACCCAGACAUCAACAGUCCAUCAUUCAAGGGAAAGCCAGCCCUCCGUAGACAAGCAGAAGACAGACGUUCUGUCCUCAGGGACGUCCCGCUGGGUCCAGCAUCUGAAGGGGUACGUUAUACUGAGAGAUCUAGAGCGGUACCUGAGCAGAUUGGCACGUGAUUACACUAUACUCCGAGCUAAACACUGACAAACAAAACAAGGAGACAACAAUCAAAAGAAGUAUUUAACAAACAUUCACACAUACAGUAAUUGAAUACACUAACAUUUACAUCCGCAUACAACUGAAGAGUUACAGUCGCUGUUUACCUAAUUUAUGAGAAUUACUGUAUUAUUAUUUAAUAAUUUAUUAUUUUUUUCUACUGUUUGAUUAUUGUGAUGACAAAUAUGAUGCGUGGAAAGUGUUAUGUCAGUAUUAGAAUAUAUUUCAGGCAGCUUGUGCUUCCUUUCCACAAUAUUUAGGAAAAAGGAUGUUUACCACAGUAUUAUGUUUUACAGUAUUAAUGAAAAAGUCAAGAACAAAGUCUGUUCAUUUCA